AUGAAUGAUAAUAAAAAAGUACUUGAUGAAGAAAUUGCACGUAUCAAAAAACUCUUGAAAGAGCAAGAAGAAGAAAUUAAUAUUGAAAAACAAAAAUAUUAUCAAUUACUUGAAUUAUUUGAUAACGUAAAAAAAAAUGUAGUUGAUGCUAUAAAAGAACAUUUAUCUAAAACAUUAAAUGAAACACUUAAAAAUCUUAAUGAUGAUAUAAAAAAAUUAAUAAUUGAUAUAAAAAAUAUUGACGAAAUUGUAAAAACAAAAACAUAUUAUCCUGAUAAUAUUGAUUUAAACAAUAAAAUCAAAGAAAAAAUUUUAGAAGCAUUAAAAGAUCCUGACUUAGAUCAAGAUGAAAAAAAUGAUCUUUUGAAUUAUGGUAUAUUUAACGCUGAUAAAUGGAAAGAAGAAAAUUUUUUUAAAUAUUUUACUGAUCUAGAUACUUCAAUUACACAAAAUACGUUCAAAAAUUAA